GUAGAAGCUGAACACAAAAAUGUUUGUUUUACUAGUGCUAUUUGUUUCGACUAUAUACGUUUCAGAACCAUUCAAGUUUUAUGAAGUCGAAGUUGAUUUAGAACAAGUUUUUCAACAAGGUAAACCUUUGCCAAGAUUUUGGACUAGUACAGGAUUGUGCCCUCCUGCACCGCGGGAGAAAACCUCCGAAUUCUUGCUAUCGGAGGAUAGUUUACUGAAUUUGGAAAUCAUUGGAUCGCUGCCAAAUCAAGGGCUAAAAUACGUCAGGAUUCAUUGGUUGCUUGACAUGAUCAACUUUUCGCACUAUGACCAACGAAAGGCAAUAUCCUAUGAUUUCUCUCGCCUUGAUGCAUUUUUGGACAAAAUACGUGAAUUCGGACUGUAUCCCGGAUUUGAAUUCAUGGGAGUACCGGCUGGCGUUUACGACAAUGAACGGAAACAUCGCUUCGCAUACUUUUGGUCCGAUCUGGCAAUGCAAGUUGCGUCUCACUAUUUGCGUCGAUACGGGAUACAGUAUGUUUCAAACUGGCGAUUAGAAACAUGGAAUGAACCAGAUCUCAAAAACUACAAUGUUCUGAAUUUCACGAUUGAUGACUAUAUCACCCAUGUUCAUUCGAUCCGAUUCGGCCUUGAUGCAGCAGGUCGUCUUCUAAACAACAUUCAUUUGCCACUACGGGGCCCAGCCGGUUUGUUCAAAUCGAAGGACCACCAUCCAUUUUGCUGGAAGAUCAUUGAGCUGUGUAAUGAUUCACCUAAAAAGUGUCCUUUUGAAACUAUAACAUUCCAUCGUAAAGGUAGUGGCUUACGUGCAGAUGAAAUUCUGCAAGGUGGUUUGGAGCUAAUGGAGCACUUCAAGGAUAGGUUUCCCAAAAUAAGCCAACUUUCGUUUUCAAAUGAUGAAGCAGACCCAAUUUCCGGGUGGUCAACGCCACGUGAGUUUUAUUCUGACCUAAGGUAUGGAGCAGUGUUGGCGUCAACAGUGUUGCAGCACUGGUCUGCCUUAUUUAACGGACGUUUUACAAAUUUGGAGUCGAUUUCCCACGAUAAUGGAUUUCUCAGCUAUCAUCCAUAUGAGUUUGAUCAGAGGACUCUGCUGGCACGUUUUCAAAUGAAUCUCACUCAUCCGCGACAUGUUCAGUAUGUAGCUAAGCCAGUUUUUUCAACGCUAGGAAUUCUUGCCAGCUUAGGAUCGAUGGCAAUCGAUAUCAACUCUAACAGCGAAAAUAUCAGUCAUGUGGUAUCAUAUCAAGUGAAUCCGUUCUACUUAUGUACUCUAUUAAUAUCAUCGAACGAUACAUUUGAAUCGAUGGAAAAGCGACAAAAACUAGCUUUACAUUUUACCACGAAUAACCAGUUAUCAGGCCAAACUAUUGGAUACGUUGUUGAGGGGCUCCAAGGUGGCCUGAACAGCCCAGUUAAUGUCUGGAAUUAUGAUGGAAAACCACCAUAUCCCACUGCAUCGCAAUUUGAAGAAAUGCGAUCCGUCCAAUUUCCAAGUAUUAUCGAAGGUCCCGCCAUUCUACCCCCUGCCUGGAAGAAAUUCAGCCUGCUGCUGAAUCUACGAACACCUUGGAUAGCAACCGUUCGAAUGUGCAGCCUGCAGUCUUCGAAGCCUACCGAAGUCCUAAACAUCAGUGUUAGGAACAUCAACGCGAACGAAAUUAUUAUUUUCUGGCACGAAAAGCCAACAGAUGUGAGGUGCACCGUCGGGUAUGAGGUGUGGUUUAGCAAAUCUAAUCUAUCGAUCGAAUGGCGACAAAUUAAUUCCGGGAAACAUACGCCGUUUUUGGUCUAUCAUUAUGCACCAGAUGGCGAAGCGGUCGGUUUGGCGGGUCUGUACCGGGUGCGUUCCGUUGAUUUGUUCGGCCGCGUUGGCGCUUUUUCCAAAGCUCAUUAUCAUGACGGCUGAUUUUUUAAUCAAUUCGAACUUUUAAUUAUCCCCAUGUUUGGUGGUUUCAAAUGAAGUCCGGGUAAGUAUACAUGUAGGUAUAGUUGUGCACAGCACGCACCGAAUGCUAAUUAAAUUAGGUUUAACUCCUGUGCUUUUGCGAAUGCCAGCCAAAGACCGCGACAAGAGCAGAUUGCGUGGAAAGAGAUGGGGUUGGCUAUAGUGCGGUAUUGAUAGGUAGCCAUAGGACUUUUUUUUGCGUGGAUUAUUUUUGCUGGCUCAAACUGAGCAGGUCAUAUUAACAGAUUUUGUGGUCAACGACUGUAUAGAGACAAUACAAAAUUAUAUCCCAGCGUGUAGUAGCAGUGCAACCUAGGUGAUUUAUAUUGGAUUAUUCCCGCUGUUUAAUUUAAUAUCUUUAUUAUGUGAAUGACUUUGUUUUGUAAUAAUUUACAAUAGUUGUACCCCUAGGUGGGAAAUUAUUUGUAAUUACAGUAAUAUCAAGUUAAAUUUUGAAUAUUAAUAAACGAAGAGUAUUAAA